GCUCAGACACAGAGAAUCGCGUGAGCCGACCGGACUAUAGAGGCAAAACUGCGGAAAAAUUGAAAGCGAAAAUCUCAUCUUGUUUUUUUUUGUUGCGUUCGUAACGUUGUUAUUAUUAUAUCAUCACCGCGCGGCGACCCACAGCACUCGAAUUUGUAAAACGUAAUAGCGGCGGAAUCGGUUUCGCGAAAAAGGUAGUCGACGCGGCAAUUCCAUAUUGUUCUCCGGUUAUUCCGACACGGAGUUUUUCCAGAAGUGGGGUAGGACAUGACGGCAGCGGAGUGACGAUGGCCUCAGGGGAUAGUGCGUUUACUAACGCGAUAAACAGAUGUAAUCGGCGCCGAAAGUAUUGCUGUAUGCUGCUGUACAGGCUGAGGAGAUAAUCUUUGGCUGACGGAGAAUUCGCGGAACUACGGCCGGAUCGAACGAACGAAAAAAAAGAUGACGAGCUAAAAUGGCCGUCGAGCAAAGUUCGGCUCUGGACAAGUAGUAACGAGUGCUGUAACAUCGCAAAAAGUGGUGAGAAAAGGUGCCGAUUCCAGCAGGACCAUCAUAUUCGGGUAGCACAUUCCGGUAACGUGGUUGAGGAAGGCAGCCAGGUCGUCAAGGUUGGGAGGAGCUUUUUGGUUGAUGCGUAGAUUUUGGAACCAGCACACAGACAGGCGCGCGUGGAAAACACAACAAGAAAAAAAAAACAAACAAAACGAGAGAGUGUGAGUUUGAACGGGGAGGGAAAAAAAGCUGGGCGAAGCCGCCAAGUAAUCGAUAAUCAAUACGCGAAAACCACUGCGUAGAGGUCCCCGAUUAGCCGAAAUAAUACAAUAAAUACACACAACCGAUGCGAUAAAAGGCCAGCGUGCAAGUUAUCUCCAAAUUCGUCGAUGUUUACGAUCGCUCCGAAUAGUAAAUAUAUCUCGUCAUCGUGUCUCGAAACUCGAUAGUGAAAGCGUCGUCAUCGGCGUCCAAGUCCUUAUCAGUAACGACUCGUCUGUGCGUUCGUCCUUCUUCAUCGUAACAGGUCAUCAACACCCGACGACUCCCCCAGCUCAACGCACUAGUGAAACCACAAAAGCACGUAAACCUUAGUGUGUGUAGAGCGCGUGUAACGCGUGAAUCGCUCGUCCUGUUUCGGCGUCCCCGAAAUCUAGUUAAUGCCGUGCGUCCACACCAAAGUCGUCGUCGUCUAUCGAUUGCGACCAUUGCGCCCAAAACUGAACAGAAACGAAUAAAUACACAACAACCAUGAAUAUUCGAUUUGAAGCCGCGAUAGCCGAGUCGAAAUUCAAACCAUCGUCCUGAAACUACUACUACUGACAACAAACAACAAAAGAAGUGUGUUAAUAACUUUUUUCCUGUGAUAUUACGUAAAAGAACCGAGAGGUAGAGCAAAAGAAAGCGGCGCGGACAAUUUCCGGAGCACGAAGGUGGGCCUCGAGGCUGCACACCGUAGGACGUUGAACCAUCAAGCAAGUGUGACCGGCGUGAAUGACGAUGGACUUUACGCCGCUGCCGUCCGAGCUGGAGGAGCUGAUCCUGUGCAGCUGCUGCCACCUGCCGUUCAACGACACGGACGCGGUGCCGAAGCUGUUCUCCUGCCGGCACUACUUCUGCCUCAAGUGCGUCCAGCAGGUGCUGAUGAAGGGCAGCGAGCUGUACUGCGUGCACUGCUGGAAGCGCACCGAGCUGAGCGGGCUGGCCGACAUGAAGCCGGAGAACCUGCCGACGCACAACGCGAUCCUGUACCUGUCGCAGAACCUGAGCAUGAUCUCGAGCAGCGGCAGUCCGGCCGCAAGUGGGGCCCCGUCAACGGCGGCGGUUGGGGCGGGGGGGAGUGUUGGUGGGGUGAGUGGAAACGGGACGAAGAAACCGCCCGACAAGAGUGGCACGAACGGGACGGCCACCACGGCGUCGUCGUCGGUCGGCAGUAGUGUAACGACUAGUGUAACAAGUGCGGUUAGCGGCAGUGCGGCGAGCAAUGGCAGUGCGAACGGGAAUGGUAUCGGGAUUGGGGGUGGUAAUGGCGGUGGUAAUACGGGUGGAGCGAUCGGUUCGGGAAAGUAUAGAAGUAAGGGCGAAAACUGUCUAACGCACGCGAUGCCAAACGCGCUGUGGUGCCUCAAGUGUAACGUGCUGCUGUGUCGGGCGUGUGCCAGCACCGAGGAGCACCGGAAUCACACGGUGAAGACGCAGGCCGAGGCGCGGGACCAGAUCCGGUCGGAUAUUGCGUCGGACUUGCUGCUGAUGCAGAAAUCGUUGUCCGAGCUGCAGCACUUUGUGUUUAAGCAGCGUGAUUUUCUGCUCAAGAUUCUGGAGGCGUGCACGGCGCUCAAGACGCAGGUCGAAACGGAACUGAUCAACCAUCUGCCCACGUUCGAGGUGGCGGAAAUACGAAGUAAUCUUACCAAAGCAAAGCUGUUUCUCAGCAUGCUGGAGCAGCAAUCGCCGGCGGAGGCGUACAAGCUGUACGCGAACUUGAAUAUCGAGAAGCAACGUCUACAGUCCAAGUACCAGGAGAUGUACCUGCAGUGCAAGCUGGACGAUUUGAUCCAGCAUUACGGCGUACUGUUUGACUUUGAGCUGAUCAAGCAGGCUCUCUCGAAUCUGAACACGAUCGAUCCGAUUUCGUUCGGGAACGGUACAAUCGGUGGUGGUCUCGGAGUGACCGCCAGUGGCGCCACCAUCAACGGACAUCACAACUCGAUCCUGCUUCUGGCCAACUACUGCAUCUCGCAGCUGUACUCCCGGCACAUCCUGACCACAAAGCAUCACCAGCAACAACAGCAACAACAUCACCAUCAUCAGCAGCAUAUGGACCACAGCCUCAGCUACUCGCAGUCAAGCGCCGUGGUUCCACACUCCCCCAAUCACGGCGGUCUGCUCGGAGGACCACCCGGAAUGCCACAACCUCCGCAGCACUCCGGUAGCUACGCCAGUCAAUUGAACGAUAUGGCCAUCAUCAUCGCGCCUCCCCUGCACCAAUCGGGCAGCCGAACCGACGGGUCCAACUCGGCGCGAACGUCCGGCUCCGGGUCGGCCUAUCUCAGCGAGAUUCUCAACGGAAGCGCCAUGCAGCAUCUGCAUCAACAUUCCGGAUCUUCCCAGCACCAGCCGUUGACGCCGCCGGGCCACCCGCUGUCGUCGUCUUCUUCCAGCGUGGUUUCGCUAGUUCCUUCCUCGGCCCAGCAGCAGGUCCAGAAGCAGGUACAGGCCGCGGUCGGUUCGCUGCUGUGCAACCCGUCCGUGCACGUGUACCCGAUCUACUACUUCAACAUCGAAAUCAACGGGCAACCGUUCGGGCGGGUCCUGAUCGAGGUGCGCAACGACGUCGCCCCCAAGAUGGCCAAGAACUUUGGCGCGCUUGCCAGCGGCGAUCUCGGCUUCGGCUACAAGGGCUGCAGCAUCUUUCAGUGCUGGGAGAACGAGAGCAUCAUCACGGGCGACUUUGAGCUGAACAACGGACGCGGCGGCCGGUCCGUGUUCGAGGAGGGCUUCUUCAUGCCGGACGACACCAAGAUCCUGGCGAUCCGCGGCUCUGUGGGGAUGCGGCGCAGCCAGAAGCGCCACGACAACAUGGGCCUCGUCGGGUCCCAGUUCCGGAUCAUACUGCGCGAGAUGCGCGGCUUCACCGGGAUCUUCGCGUUCGUCGUCGAGGGACUCGAGCUGGUCGAAAAGAUCAGCCAGGCUGGCGACUCGGCCGGGAAGCCGCAGAGCAGCGUCAUGAUCGUCAACUGCGGCAAGUGGCAGUAGGGUGGUUGGUUUGGUUGGGGUGAGAGAAAUACGUAUCUGGAUAGCCGGCUGUUGAUAGUUUUUAUCUUUUACACUUGUUUCGGUAUUAGAGCGGCUUUUGUUAGCGCAGGGUGUGUUACAAUUUUAUUAGACUAUUUUGUAGGUUAAUGGCGGUGCGGAAGCUGCGGACUAUUGAGUGGUUGCACUAAGCACUUACUAAGAGAGAAAUUCGAAAUAGAGCAAAAUGAGAGGUCAUUGAUUGAGUUCCGAGUUUUUCUGGAGUAGAUUCAAUCUCACUAAAACAUUCGCAAAUAAAAAGUCAAACGUAGCCUCAUGUGCUGUCACAUUUUUUAACAGGAUAAUGUUUGUAAACAAUGUGUAAACAAUCAAAUCUAGUGACACCUAAGGUGGUAAUAGACUACGCCAAACAAACAAACUCGCACUUUUUGACGUUUUGUCUUAUUUGUUUGCCUGCAUACAUUUUGCCUUGCCUGCGAGUUUGUCGCAAACAAGUUUGCGAAUUUGGCAAACGGUCAAACACGAAAAGUGCGAGUUUGUUUUUUUUUGUCACAGUCUAAUGCCUCCUUCAGAAGAAAAUGGAAUUAUUUAUGAAAAUAACUCUUGGAUGAUCAGUUGCACUCAUUAGUCCGCACUUUCAGCGCACUCGCGUCACUUUAUAUAGGAAAAAAAUGCAUUUCUCGCAAAAACGUAGCUGUUGAACUUUUAAGUGAAAUAUUUUACUAGUGUCUAGUUGAAAAAAAAAACACGUCGAACGGGGAUUGGAAAACCAAAUAUAGUGACGGAUCAAAUCCGCCCGAUAUAAAAUGCAAAAAAUCUGAAAAAAAACUUAGAAUUUUAUCAGCGAAAAAAAAAAAUAUGCUGAAACUUACUUAAGGGAAACGGUACACGACUGUAGGGUUUAAGGCAUCGCGAGUAACGACUUUCGGAAAACGGAUCGAAAUUAAGCUAAUAUUUAUCAUCGUCUAGUUGUAAACAGUCCAAGUCCCUAAUCACAUCUUAUAAAGAGAGAAAAAAAACGACGAAAGGCGAAAACCAGUACAGGGUGACACAGUUUUUCAUUUAACCUAGUUACCAAAAUUUCCUAGCAGCGAAGCAAAACGAAGGAUCUUUUUAGACGGAUAGAAAAAGAGAGAGAGAGAUGAUAAAAGGACAAACGAAAGUGGAACAAAAUCUUGAUACAACACUAACCUAUUCCACCGAUCAAUAUGAGAAGAGAGAAAGGAAGAGAAACCCGAUUUCGUUUUACUACUACUAUCCGUGAUUUCAGGUACGAUUCAGCGAUUCGCAAAGCGAGCGUAGUUUUUAAGGGGAAACGUGCGAAAUAAACAAAAAAUAUAUAUGAUUCGGCAUAGUCGAAAACGCGAGCAACUUUUAUGGAAAGCGAAAUAAACACACACUCUCACUGUAUAACUUGUAAUGAAGCAUGUAAAACGUAUAUGAAAUGGUAAUCCAACAUUUAAAAAAACCCAAGAAACAAAAUCAGAUGGAAAAGAAAGUACAAUAACAAGUGAAAUCGUUAUUCACGCGGAAUGUUGUCGAGAAACGGGAUAAAUCUAGCAAAUAAUGUAAGUCUAUUUAAACAAAAAAAAAAAACCAGGAACAAAAAAAAGUGGUGAAAGUACACAGAGUCUAUUUUACUGAACGGUAGCCGAUCGAAGAAAAACAAGAAAAUGCAAAAAAAGAUAGUAAAAUGUGUUAGUGUUGCUAAUAUAUCUAUUUAUAUAUGCAGAACGCGUAAACCAGCAAGAUGAGUGUAGCGAAAAAAACAAGCUGAGACCCCCCUCUAAUCUUAUGCGAAAGAUAGGAAACACUUGACACCUGUUUGACAGCCGUCAGCGUUGGAUAUCGACGAAAGAUCAUCGAAUGAUUUUUGAGAGAAUUUCGAGAGAAAUGCAGAUCUCACUAAUACAUUCACGCGUGAAACGUCAAACGCUCUCAAAAUGAAGUUUUAAGAUGAUUCCAUCGCUGAUAAACCUACACAAACAUCACACACACCUACACAAGUUCCCGAAUUAUAUCGUUAGGAAUAGUUUAUGAACGCGAAAGAAGAGACUGAAUGUUUUCGAAAACGAUGAAAGCUAAACUAGGCAUAGCAACACGUUGCAUUACGAAAUAUCGCAGAACAGAGUAAAAACAAUAGUUAAACAUCAUAAAAAAACAUCGGAGCGAAAAAUACAGAACGAGCAGUUUCGGACCACACGAAUACAUAGAACAAGCGGAACUACAAACUUCACACAAACACACCGACAUAAAAUAACCAAAACAAUCGAAAAACGGACUUUUGGCCAGCGUUAAACAAGGCAUCGGAAAAUACUUCGAAAAUGUAUAAAAAUACACAAAACGGGUUUGCGAAAAAAAAAAACAAAAUAGUCUAACAAGAAAUCGAACUAACUUCAAAUUGCUCCAGUAAAACUGGCAAUACUGCGCGCAGUCGAAAUCACUAGCUAAAAUGGCAGUUUCAACCACGUCAAAACAGAAUUUGCGCAGCAAAGUAGAAGGGAAAGGUAGUGUGGUCUGAGACUGAAAACCCCGGGCUUACUUUGCGCGUGUCUACCGACUUUUGGUUUUGAACAACAAUCACUAGAGUUCUGGCAACACAGUAGAGGAUCUUAGAUCCGCUUGCUACACACACAUGACGUCAUGAUGGAAUGAAACGUAAGGCCUUUCAAAUUGGUACAAGAUCGAGAUAAUCAAGCGGAAUGAUUUCGGGAAAAAUUUAUUAAACCUCUAUCGAUAUAAAUCCACGUGUAACACUUAACAAAUCGUUCGAACAAGCAAAAAAGUAAAAUAAAACUCAAUUACAGAAGAAGAUGAAAUAAAAAUGUAAUCGUCGUUAGUAGUCGUCGUCAGCAGUGAAAUAACUAUGUUAUCAAAGAGCUAACAGUACAGAGCAAACGUAAGAUCGACGUAAAUUAAACAACAAAAUAGAGCAAAAUUAUAAUAUCCAGCAUGCUUACCAAUCGAUGUUGUAUCUCUAAUUGUAUCUUACGAGUGCGUGCACGCACGACUAAUAAAAUUAGCCGAGAGCAAAAGUAUAACCAACCAAUUUAACGAGCAAAAAAAAACCACAAACAAGCCAUCAAAUGUUUACGUAACGCUGUAGUUUUAAACUAUUACGAAAUGAAAAAGAGUAAAAUUGCAAUUCUAUCAAUUACCAACAGCACACCAUUUGGAAAUAAAAUAAUCAGCUAAACACUCACACACACACAUACGAAACCGUAAAUGCACAUAAAACACACUUACACGUUAAAAACAAGUGAACAAAAAAGGAACGCAAACUGUACCUGGUGUUAGAGAGCAAGAUUAAAACAGAACAACAAAAACAUAUUAACAAAUAGUACACAUAAAAUAACGGAUUGUAACGAUUGCGCGAAAAAAAAACCAAACAUAAAAAUCGAGAGAGAGAAAAGAAACGAUAGAUAUAUUUUUGUCUCCAACUUCGGAACUGCAGCGAAUGUAUAAGAAAAAAAUAGCAACCUCUCUAUUAAGAUGAACGUGAAACCCCAAAUCGAACACGAAACCCUGCAGACCUAUUGCACCUCGGAACCGGCUCUUUCAUAAAAAAGGUUAUCAAGUACCAACGUAUCCACAAUUCCUACUCGGUUCAAAUGUUAAAAUCACACUAAAAGAAACCAAAAUUCACAACCAGAACGGAAAAAAAUAAAUAUAAAUGACGAACGGAACAAACCAAAAAAUAUGCAAAUGUUAGCAAAACAGAACUACCAUUACAAUCUACCUAUAUCUACUAUCGGUGAGCGAAAAAAAAAAUGAACAAGAAGCGAACAUAAAGCGAAUAUAUAAAAAUUCCACGGAAUGGAAGCGGACCGGAUCGUAUAGCGAAAAAAAAAAAACACACACACCCAACAAAAAUGAAAAGUUUCACGACAAAACUAAUGAUGCAAUAAACAGAAGAAAAGGA